UGCGGAUGUGAUGCAAUCAACUGAGUUUUUUUUCCCAUAGUCGUUACAGCGUCUUACGAUUUUCAGCUACUACCGGGUAUUUUACAAACAGCUUAACUGAAUUAGAAUUUAGGUUCGUUAAUGUUUACAUUUUACUUCCAGUUUUUCUAUUAAACAGUCCGUACAGCUGUCCUUCUCUUGCUAACGUUAACAUAGCUUCCGUUUCCAGAUGGGCGCCAGCUGAGCUGAGCUGAGCUAGCAGCCGGUGAUUUUCAUUUUGUUUUUAUCUCUCCUCCCCGUUCACCUUUCUGCUGCUUGUCGGCGACCACCAAUUCAGUCGGACUCCUCUAUGUGUCUACUUCGGGGGCUGGCAGAGAAAGUUCAGUUGCAGUAGAUAAAUGGCCGCCGCUGACCCCUCUGCUCCUCCUCCGGAAACAGAAGCAGCCUCGGGUUCUGCUACGGACGAUGCUGAAGCCUCCAGUCCCGGAGGAUCCAGCAGCUCGACCGCUGCCGACGGCGGCAGCCAGGACAGCACUUUUGAAUGUAACAUCUGUUUGGACACCGCCAAGGAUGCCGUGAUCAGCUUAUGCGGACAUCUUUUCUGCUGGCCUUGUUUGCAUCAGUGGCUGGAAACCCGACCUAACAGACAGGUGUGUCCAGUUUGCAAAGCUGGCGUCAGCAGAGAGAAAGUGAUUCCUUUAUAUGGAAGAGGAAGCACCGGGCAACAAGAUCCCAGGGAAAGAACACCCCCUCGACCUCAAGGACAAAGACCCGAGCCCGAAAACCGUGGCGGCUUUCAGGGCUUUGGCUUUGGAGACGGUGGUUUCCAGAUGUCAUUUGGAAUCGGCGCCUUUCCGUUCGGUAUGUUUGCCACAGCUUUUAACAUCAACGACGGCAGACCUCCUCCAGCGGCUCCUGGAACGCCACAGCAAAAUGACGAGCAGUUUCUCUCUCGACUCUUCCUGUUCGUUGCUUUGGUGAUGAUGUUUUGGCUGCUGAUUGCAUAAAAGCUUUGGAAACUGGACAGGUUGUUGUCGCUUCAGAUUGGACAGAGAUUUUGCUUAAUGUUUUAUGUCGCUCUUUUUGAAAUACAGUUGAAACCAGAUGUUUUUGCACGCCACAGUAUAAAAUGAGAUGACUAAUGUAACUGAGUUAUUGAGAUGAAGAGUUUGUGGUGUAUUCUCUGUAACCCUGACACUGUUGAACGUCACUAUGUUUGUAAUGAUCAAACACUUCAGUUUUGUUUUCAUUAUACAAGACUAUGUUUUAUAAACUUCAGACUGGAGUCUCCUGUUGAUAUUUCUGCAUAAUUGUUUGACCAGAUGAACUUUGCACUUUCAGAUUUUAGGAAAUUGUACCUGAACAUAAACAUAAAAUGUAUUUGUGGAGAUUCAC